GAAUUUUAGAAUCUCUGGUCUUUUAUUAGUUUCUUUCCUGGCUUUCCGAGAUGCAAUCGUAGUGAUUAAGUUUUUAAAUUACAGUUCUAUUGGUAUCCUGGUAAAUACUUUCAUUAUUGUUGCAAAGUUGUUUUUAUUUAUUUAUUAUUAUUGGAUUUUGGUAUUUUUGAAAAACUUCUUUGCGACCAGUACUCGAAUUGCUCUAUUAGGGUAAAAAUCACACAUUGCCCAAUAUAAUGUUGACCACUUAAUAUAAUGUUGGGACCUCUCCGUAUAAGAGCUUAAGCUUUGUGGUUGUAUAUGAAGUUUACAUGCAGUAUCAAAGCGGGCCCAUUCCAUCCCACAUUUAAAAAAUUCAGAAUCUGCACUGAGAACCAGCAAAAGGCUGCACGAUGGUAGAGCCAAAGAGAGACUACACGUAACUAACCUCAAAUGUGCCUGCACAUGUGGGGAUGUUAAGGAAAACAAUCCCACAUUGCUCGGGUAUAAGAAUGGGUGAUCAUUUAAUGCAAUGUUGGGACCUCUCCAUGUAAUAGCUUAUACUUUUGGGUUGGGUAUAAAGUUUACCCAUGUUCAUCUUAAGCAUUGUAUUAUGUGAAAUGCUGGCAACACAUGGCACUCUGACAUGGAGUAUCUGACUCACCGGUACAUACUUGUUCAGUGACCGCGUGUGCCUGAGGUGGGUCCCGAGGCUGAAUUGGCAGCGGUGAGUGGACGACAGUGGCGGAUCCAGAAAUUGAAGAUUUAAUCAUUAGCUUGGAAUUUUUUUCUCCUGUCAAGCACAAUUUUAUUAUGAGUACAUGAGUUUGCCAGCAAGCCAGUACUCUGUGUUGGAUGCACAGCGGAUUGAGCGGGUUGAUGAUAAUACAUUCAGAUGUUACGUGCAUACCUUUAAGUUCUUUGCUAUUGAAGUGUGCCCUGUUUUGUUGGUUAGAGUUGAGGAACAACCCAAUGGUUGUUGCAUUAAGCUCUUGUCCUGCAAGCUUGAGGGCUCACCAAUUGUGGUUGCACAGAAUGAGAAGUUUGAUGCUUCUAUGGUGAAUAGGGUAUCAUGCAAUAUCAAAGAGAGCAACUUGUCAGUUGCUGAACUCACUUCAGAUACAGUUAUUGAGGUUAGCAUUGAUAUUCCUUUUGCAUUUCGACCAAUUCCAGUGCAAGCUAUUGAAUCAACUGGCACUCAAAUUCUUGAACAAAUAUUGAGGAUUACGCUUCCCCGCUUCAUGGCACAGCUCGUAAAAGACUACCAAGCAUGGGCUUCUGGCGACACAUCAAGGCAGCCCCUCGGAACAGGGGAAAUUUAGUAUUGCAGAGAUGGGUAGUGAUGAUGUCUGCGUUGCCCUGUAAACGUCACAACUGCUACCAGGUAGAACUUGUUACACUCCAUUGGUUUCUUUUAUUGAUGAAAAGCCAUAUAUGUAAUUUCAUGAACAAAUAUUUGAUUUUGUUGCGACCAGCUCUGUCUGUAUUUAAUCUUCUUCGAAAAAUUUGGUUUGUCCACAGUUUGUGUUCCUUUCCUGCAAGUCCAGUUCAUCAAAGUUUUUAUACCAGCAAAUGUUCCUUCAUGCUAUUGUUCAUCAGAUGCUUUUGGAUUUUGAAAAAUAUUGUGAGGAUUACUAUAAGAAAUAAUUCAUUUUGGAGUGUC